CGCUCGCUUCUUUCCAUACAGCAGUUACACUGAGCUACAGCUGCACCAAGAAGAUACACAUCUCUACUCUCAGCAGUCAAUACAGACUCACAUCAACCUCCUCACCACAUGCGCUUGUUCUCUUCAAACUUGAGCGCUUUCUUCACCGGUGUCUCACUAUUGUUAGAGAUAGAGGUUCAUAUAAAAGUUUUUGUGAAAACCGCGGAACGGAUGUGAGGCGCAAUAGAGUGCCUCAGUUUUCACCUUCUUUUAUUUGCGUUGCGAUUUCUGAGUAAAGCGAGGAACACGGUUUCUAGUGGAAAGGCAAUAGGGGCCAGUUGAUGUUUCUACUGAAAUGGACGUGAGAUUUUAUCCUCAACCACCACCGCCAUCAGCAACAGAUCCUUCCCGACUGGGACAGUCGCACUAUUCGGACUCUCCGUAUUGCAAUAAGUACGACAGUGACAACAUGUUUAUGAGUAUGCCAGAGCCCAGCCAGGACUUUGUGCCAGGGAACCAGUUCCGCGUGCCUGCCAGUCCCAGCCAGACGCAGCACAGCAACAAACAGGCCGGCGGCCACUGGAAAAGAGAGACCCCUGCACACACUGACGGCCCACGUCUGACAUGGCAGUCCUAUCCAGUGCCCAGUCUUGGGGACGAAGAUUUCAACAUCCCCCCUAUCACUCCACCCACCCUUCCCGAACACAUGAUGGCACACUUGCCCGAAUCUGAGUCCGGAACGUACCAUCACCUGUGCCCCCCUGUCUCCCAGAAUGGACUGCACCCCUUUCACCUGCAAGGAAUGGACCUACCUGGCAUGGCAGUCCACAACAUUCUGGGCCAAGAUGGCGGCCUGCUCACCAACUCCCUUUCAGUGAUGCAGCAAAUGGUCAACUCAGACUCCCGUUAUGGCGGCCACCAUCAGGUGGACACACACAGACCCAGGGUCCAACCUGGCAUGGUUCCGCAAGGUCAGCUGUCCACUAUCAACCAAUCGCAACUCAAUAAUCAGUUGGGGCUGAAAAGCAACAAUGGUACCCAUGGCUCCCCAUCUCCACCAGAGAGCAAGUCGGCCACACCCUCCCCCUCCAGCUCAGUGCAUGAGGACGAUGCAGAUGAUGCUGCCAAGAUGAAUGGGGCAGAAAAGAGAGCAGCCUCAGACAUGGCCAAGAAACCCAAAACCCCCAAGAAGAAGAAGAAGAAAGACCCCAACGAGCCACAGAAGCCAGUGUCAGCCUACGCCCUGUUCUUCAGAGACACCCAGGCAGCUAUUAAAGGCCAAAAUCCUAAUGCCACAUUCGGAGAGGUUUCCAAAAUAGUGGCCUCAAUGUGGGACGGUCUAGGGGAGGAACAAAAACAGGUGUACAAGAAAAAAACAGAGACUGCAAAGAAGGAGUACCUCAAACAGCUGGCUGCCUACAGAGCAAGUCUUGUGUCUCAGAGCUACAAUGACCCAGGGGAUGUGAAGGCAUCACAGGCCUCUCAGAUGCUUGUACCCAAACCAUCAGUCUAUUCCGGGGCAGGCCAGUCUCACCCAGGUCUCUACAUGGGUCAUCCAUACCACCAGCAGCCAGGGCUCAGUCCUCACCUGCCCCCAAUGCAGCAAGGCCUAGCCCGAGGUGGCGCGUCCCGGCCUAACGUGUCCAUGCCAGGAGCAGUGAGCAUGGGCAGCAUGGCGGGCUCAUCCCCCCCUCCACUGCAGAUCAGCCCCCCUUUACACCAGCACCUAAGCCUCCACCAGCAGCAACAGCAACUCAGCAGUCACACUCUGUCCAUGCACUCCCCCUCCAUGGCCCAGGGUUUCCCUCUUCAGGCAGAGUAUCAGAGCAUGGUAAAUGUCACAUCCUCUGCUGCACCCGGUCUGUCCCCUUCAAUGGACUACCGCACCGGCUGCAGGAAUGGACCGACCCAGGGUCUGGACUGGACGUCUGACUACUGCGGCAACGGAGCUCUGCAGAGGGACAAAGCCCUGUAUCUGACCUGAUCGAAACCCUCGCUUUAUGCUCACAGGACCAAGGCAGUUCCUCAUCCCAGUACAGCUGUUCAGGACCAGAUUUUUCAGGCCCUAUUUUAGACUAGACACAAUCCACGCAUCAGCAAAAUAUUGUUUGAAUGCUUUCUUUCUCAUGACUCACACUUUAGUGCACCCUACCUUGGUGGGUUUGGAAUUUGUAUCUCCUUUUAGCUUCUGACAUUCAGACAUUUUGGAUCGUUAAAAUAGAAUUAAAAUCAUCAAAGCAUGAACGUAAAUUGUAUGCUAACAUUUUUUUAAAUGCAAUCACCUCUCUCUAAUGAAAUUGUCUUUUAAUGCCCUCCUCUUGUUUGGGUCCUUGUUACGUACCUAAUAAGAGGUAGUAUAUAAAAAACUCUGUAGAUGUGUGUUUUAUUGGAGAUUGCUCAUGGUUUUAAGAAAACUGCGUAGGUCAAUUUGCCUUGCAGGACGGUUGUGUCAAUCCAUCGGUUUCUAAGCACUUACUUCUGUGUGUCAGAGACUCCAAGCUCUCGCUGACAAACAGCGGAACAAAAAACCAAAACAGAACUUCUUUUACUGUAUAAAGAGGAAAAAAAUCGCAAUCUGAAAAACAAAAACCCACAAAAAAGAAUGUGGAUGAUAUGACUCCUGCAUUUUCCCCUCUCCGACCCCUCCUUUCACACACCUUUUCUCGUUGUAUCAUUCUUCCCCACUGUAAUGAUCUUUUCUAGUCAACUGCCUUAGAAACAGAGUUCUGUUGCAAGUACAAAACAGUCGCUCAUAGGAACAUUAUGAACGACCAGAUGGGUUGUUUCAGCCCUUGUUUCAAGCUGUAAAUAGAAUCUGUGUUACUCCUAGAGUAUAAGAAUUAAACUUUUUUUUUUCUAGUAACUAUAUGAUUUUGAAUUGGACCACACCAGUUCAUUUAAAACUCGAAAAGGGAUAAUUAGCCAAGAGGGGUCAUUUCUUGGCAUCGGAAGUCCCCGCUGAUUAGAAUAAUAACGAGAGACGAAAGAAGUAUUUUUUCCCAAGUUUACUGAAGUAAAGGUUGAUUCCAUCAAUCUGCGAGGUAGCAUGAAAUGAUUAAUUAAGCAAAGUACUAAAGAAAAGUUUAUUUUGUAUUACACAAAAUACUUCUUUUGUAUCACUUCUGGCAUAUUGAUCAAUGUCAUCCAAACUAUGUGUAUGAAACUGUCAGAUGCUUAUAUGGUGUUAAUUAGAAGAAACAGUGGCAGAUUGGAGAGUUGCUGUAUAAUCCUGGCAUAUGGCUGAUCAUUUACUAUUCCUCUACACUGUGUCUAUAUGAGAUCUUUUUAUGGUACUUGUUUGCGCCUAUUUAUGAAGGAAAAAAUAACUGUAGGUGUUUUUGAGUAAUUAUGUUAGAGUUCCAGAGAUGUUUUUCUGUUCAUUUGUUUUGACAGAAUUGAUCCAGGCAACAAUGUGAAUAAUUCUUAUUUAGUUUUUAUUGUGUUUGAAAAUAAAUAAAGGCAUACCUGCAUUUUUGUGCAGU